AAGCUGGUCGUUUAUGUUGUUGAAAAUCAUAACGAGGUUUUAGAACCCCUAUAUCGGUUGAUCGGAAAGAAAAAGUUACCGUUUGAUGGGAUGUGCUUGUUGCAUUUUGAUUCACAUUCUGACAUUUCCGUUCCUCAAAAAUUGUACACAGAUCUAGAUGGCAAUUUAAACAAAUACGAAGUGUUCAGCGCUAUUAGUAUAGAAAAUUGGAUCAUUCCUUCUGUUUACUCUGGUCAUAUAAGCGAAGUUGUCUGGGUUCAUCCAUAUUGGACGCAUCAAAGUUUCGACACGCAAACUAUUUUUAAAGUUGGAAGAUCCAAACUUGAUAAUUCAUUAAAGGUCUCUUCAACAGAUAAUUAUUUUCUUAGCGAAGAUUCACACGAAUUUGAAGAAAAUUUGUCAGAUUGCAAAACGCUUCAAUUCCAUCUUCAUUGCGUUCCACCAGCUAAUAGCAAUGCAAAAACAGAAAUAAUUUCGAACGACUUAAUAGACAGUUUGCAGACCAGCAGAUUUAUACUGGAUAUUGAUCUCGAUUUUUUUUCAACCAAGAAUCCUUUCAAACACAUGUUCACUGAAAGGCAAUAUGAAUUAUUACAGAAUAUUUAUAAAUAUCAUCCUCCUUUAAAAUCGGAUUUAAAAGUAAGUGAAAUUGACAAAAGAAAGUUACAGAUUCAAUUUUUAGAGAAAUAUUUUACUUCCGUUCAAAAAGGAGGCGUACUAUUGAAAUCUAACAAUACGAAAUUAGAUGAAAAAUUGAAAGAAUUAGUUGACAGCCUAAAACAAAAUGACCCAUGCUAUGAUUUUGAAUGGUUACACGAGAUAGGUACCGGUAUAGAUGAUACAAAUCUUCCGGAUCAUGUUAGCUCUGAACACGAAAUUGACUACUUGAUUUCGUAUCUUGAGAAAUUGUUAAUUAGACUUCCAGAACCGUUGGUGGUGCUGAUAUCACGGUUGGUUUUUGAUGAUGAUUACUGUCCAGCCGGACAAGUGGACAACAUCCAAGAAAAAGUUUUGAAUCUUUUGAAAACUUUGUACAAAAAUGUUGAUAUA